AUGGGAGGUGCAAGUGGCACCGAAAGGAAAAAUGGUCCUAUCCCAUCAUCUUUAGGUGAUUUGUCGGAGCUUGAAUCAUUAGAUCUCUCAUCAAACAAUCUCCAAGGAAGAAUUCCAACGGAGUUAAAAACUCUUGGAUUCUUAGAGGUGUUAAACCUUUCUCAUAAUAAUCUCAAGGGACCCAUUCCUCAAGGCAAACAAUUUGAUACUUUCACUGAUGAUUCCUACAAGGGAAGUUUGGAUUUAUAUGAUUUGCCAUUAUCAAAAAGUUGUGAUACUGAUGAGGAAACUCCAGCCAAAUUUGAUAGAGAUGAUGAUGAUGGUGAUGAAUUGAAUUGGAAAUUUUCUAUAUUGAUGGGGUAUGGAUGUGGGUUGGUGCUGGGAAAGAGCAUGCGAUAUAUAGUAUUCACGAUUGGAAAACCAUGGUGGUUGAUUAGGAUUGUUGGGCGAGUUCAACAAAGAUUUACAAAAAGGUAG